CACUCGCUCCUCGCUCCUCGCUCAUUCACUCUCUCAACCUCUCUCUCUAGGUUUAGGGUUGGGCUUAUCCCCAAAUUUCCUCAAAUCUUUCGUCGUAUCUCAAAUUUUGCGACAAUCGAAUUCGAUUCCACCAUGGACUUAAUGAAGAAAAGAAAGCUCGAAGAGAAUGGUCUUGUACAGUCCGCGGACCCCGAUUCAACCACCCAUCUUACACUCGACGAGGGCCGCAAGCUCAUUGAGCGAUUCACACACGACCAACUCCUCAGCAUCCUUCAGCAGGCCGUGGUGCGGCAUCCGGAUGUCCUCGAUGCAGUCCGGUCGAUCGCCGAUCCUGACACUGCCCAGCGGAAGCUCUUUAUUCGUGGCCUUGGCUGGGAAACCACCAACGAUUCCCUUCGUAGCCUCUUCUCCGCCUAUGGAGAACUUGAGGAGGCCGUGGUUAUACUCGAUAAACAGACUGGUAAGUCGAAGGGGUAUGGUUUCGUGACUUUUAAGCAUGUAGAUGGGGCUCUCCUUGCCUUGAGAGAGCCUUCUAAGAAGAUUGAUGGUCGCGUGACGGUGACGCAGUUGGCGGCUGCUGGGAAUUCGGGGAAUAAUUCGAGUGCUACGGAUAUUUCAAUGAGGAAGAUUUAUGUGGCUAACGUGCCGUUUGAGAUGCCAGCUGAUAAGCUGUUGGCGCUUUUUGCAUCGUACGGGGAGAUCGAGGAGGGUCCCCUUGGUUUUGAUAAGCAGACUGGGAAAUCGAGGGGUUUUGCUCUGUUCGUUUACAAAACACCAGAGGGAGCACAGGCGGCCUUGGUUGAGCCGGCGAAGAAUGUUGAUGGCCGGCAGUUGAUUUGCAGGUUGGCUAUUGAUGGGAAGAAAGGGAAGUCAGGACCUGCACAGGUUGGGACCGAUCCUGCGCAUCCAUCAGGGAAUUCACACGCAGAUGGUAUGGGGAUGGUGCCUCCUGGAGGUUCCAUGCAUGGAUCGUAUGGCGGGGCUGGCGGAGCAGGCGGGCCUGGCGGUAUGGGUCCUUAUGGUGGUUUCUCUGGAGGGCCUCCUUUAGGCCAUCAUCAUAUGAACCAGCCAAUGGGUGGGCCGGGUUUGCCAUCCCAGGCCACUUCUAACUUGGGUGUUGGUACUGGUGGGUAUGGUGCUGGAGGGCUAGGUGGGCCAUACGGAGGGUACGGCGGGAGUGGGUCGAGUGGAUAUGGUGGGUUGGGCGGUGGCGGUGUUGGCGCGGGUGCUGGUACUGGUAGUGGGUUGGGCGGUGUUUCAGGUGCCGGGUCUUCCUUGUAUCGGCUGCCGCCAAACUCGGUGGGCAUGUCUUCUGGUGGGUAUCCAGAGAGUGCGCAUUACAGCUUGUCCUCUACCUCUGCCUUUCCAAAUCAGCAUCUCCCGGAAACAGGGAAAUCCCCGGUGCCUAGGGUUCCAUCUGGAGGAAUGUACCCAAAUGUGCCCUCUUACUACUGAGAGGUAAAUCAUGCAUAUAUCCGCAAUAUGUCCAAGGAAUAGACAAUGACAUCAAAGAAGGAAAAAUAGUUUUCUUCUGAUCUAGGAAGUGGCAAUUGAUGAAGGGAAUUUUUCAUAGUUUUCGAAGGCCUUAGCUUUUAUAUGAAAGCAAUAGGUGGUGUAACUUUUUGUUCAUCAUGAAAGCAGAAUGAAUGGAAAGAAGUUUGCAAAUUUUUGUGUGGGGUAAGUAGAGAGAUUUGUAAUUGUAAUGGGGGUGCAAGUUUCCAAUAUCCGAGACUAACACUCCACAAAAGGAGCUACGAUCCACUUGUUUUAGCAGAUUGGUAACUCUCUGGAGUGCAGUAUCACACCGCUUGGUGCUGGCGCGGCAAGGCAAAGCAAAGCUAGGAACUGUUGCUAUUGGAUCAAUCCCAGAAAAGUAGCUUUGAGAGGGAGAUAGAGGUUUAGUUGGAGCUUUGGUCUCGGGGCGAGAGCUUGAUCAAUUCUUCAGAAGAAAUACCAAGGCUGCCAUCCUAUUGCAGGCCGGGAGCAGCUGUGGGGGGGUCUCAUGUAUGAGCUGCGAAAUUGGGGCUAGUAGUGAUUGUUGUAGUAGAAAUGAUGGUUAGCAGAUUCUUUCUUGUUGACAGUAAUUCUUUGCGGAUGAAUAAAACUAAUAAUUCUUUGAGUUACCA